UCCACCUUGACUACAGCCACUCCUUCAGUCGCUAGCGGUUGUUCCUUUUCCAGUUUUGUUGCCACAGCUUCUGCCCAAGUUCAACAAGUUGCUGCCUGUGCUACUGCUGUCGGUGAUAUCACCAUCCGUGGUGACUCUUUCGGUUCUAUCGAAUUGACCGGUUUGGAACAAGUUUUUGGUUCCUUGAAGAUCCAAAACACCACUCUCGCAACCACAAUCAACGCACCAACUUUGCAGUUGAUUUCGGAAGAUUUCGAAUUGUCUGGUUUGACCAUCUUGAACACUUUGAACCUUGCUCAAUUGAACACCGUCGGUUCUCUUAACUGGGUCACUUUGCCAGCCUUGGAAAGCACCGGUUUGACUCAAGGUAUCACUGCAGCUGAUUCCGUCGUUAUCUCGGACACUGGUUUGACCGCUUUGACUGGUAUCAACGUUGUUGAAUUGCAAACUUUCGACGUCAACAACAACCAAGACAUCAACACUAUUGACUCUGCUUUGCAAUCCGUCACUAGCCUUUUGUCCAUCUCUUACAACGCUGAAAGUGUCGAUGUCGUUUUGGACGAAUUGACCUCUGCCAAGAACGUCGUCUUCCAAUCUAUCAACUCUUUGUCUGUUGGUAACUUGACCACCAUCAACGGUUCCUUGUCUGUUUCUCAAUCUUCCAUUGAUGCCAUCGAAUUCAAAGACUUAACCUCUAUCAGUAACUCCUUGACCAUCAACAAGAACUCCGAAUUGGAGUCCUUGGACUUCCCUAAGUUGACUUCUAUCGGUGGUGCUUUGGAAAUCUCCGACAACGACAAGUUGAAGUCAUUCGACGGUUUCCCAGAAUUGAAGACCAUCGGUGGUUCCGUUGACAUCAACGGUACCUUCGACAACGGUACCUUCGAAUCCUUGUCCAGAGUUGCCGGUGGUUUCACCUUGAAGUCGGACGGUGAUAUUUCUUGUGAGGAAUUCAACAAGUUGAACUCUGACGGAGACAUCAAGGGUAACAAGUUCUUCUGUGCCAACGCUGCCGGUGCUUCUUCUUCUUCGUCUUCUUCUAAGAAGGGUUCUUCCACCGACUCCUCUGACUCCACUGAAACCGCUUCUGAAACUGAAACCAGCUCCACCAAGGCUUCCGACGCUUCGGUUCACUCUGGA